GGUCGGUGACGCAGCAAGGGGUGUGACGCAGCGACCUCGAAAACACGACCGCCCGGCAGAAUCUUGGCCGAGAAAGCGCCCGAACACAGCAGCAAGGCCGCGAGACUCGACAGUUGCGUGGCAGCGGCCUACAAAUAUCAUUGUCGCGUGUCCCAUUUCGUGGCUGGCCUGCAAUGCUCGUUACCUUGGCAGCACCAUCAAGAUGUCGCGACUUUAUCGCAGCCGCAACCGCUACUUGAGUUGCUUCUAUUGUGGCCGCAAGAACUCGACCCGAUACGACGGCAAGACGCGCCGCUUCGAAUGUCCCUUUUGUGAUGCCACCAACUAUUUGGAUGAGAACGGCGACAUCACCGAUCCACCCGUCGCGACCGAGAAAGAAGCCACCCCGUUGCAGUACGCCGUUCCGCGCCCUUUCUCCCCGACCUCGAGCCCGACUAGGGAGGCCAUAUUCUGCCCAAAAUGCCUCAAGAACCAGCACCUAUUAAGCGCAUCCCUCGCGCAAUACCUGCCUGACCCCGACGAUCCCGACUACGCCGAGCGUGAGAAGGGCCUCUACCGUUUCCGCAAGAACCAAGAGCGCCUCUACCCGCAGAUAUGCGAGGAGUGCGAACCCAGAGUGCGCCGGCGCCUCGAGCAGUCCGCCUACACGGCCAAGACGGAUUUGUUGCGCCGCAUGCUUGACCGCAGCGCCAGCGCGAGGGGCAGCGUUACAACACAGGGCUGGCUAGAGAAGUUCGAUGCGGCGGGGAGGUGGCUGUGGAUUUCCGGGCUUUUGCUGCAGCUGGUAUGGCACGCGGUUGUGGUACACAGUUUGCUUUUGCAGUAUUUCGUCUGGGCAGGGGUGGACGAUAGUCUGUCGACUUUCCGACUGCUGAAGACAUGCGGGCCGCUGGUGGGCAGCCUCCCGUCCGCGGGGCGGCUGCUGGGAUGGAGCAUUCUUACCACUAUCUUGAGCAUGUGGUGGAAUCCGCGCUUUGUCCAGAUAUAUAGGGGCUUCACCAGACACAUCAGUGGAGUCUCGCAAUGGUACAUUUUCCAGGCCAUGGCCGUCAUCCUUCGCAUUUGCUUGCAGAGGAUAGACCUGACAACGCCCAACCCGCCGCUGCUAAACACACAAACAGCUGGGCACGCCGUGGCCGCAUCACUGGCCUUCCUACUAUUCACCCUCGGCCCCCGCGCAAUCCGAAUCAAUAUGGCACCCCUCUUCGGCGCCUCUCCGAAUCAACCCCUCCACGACCAUCCGGAGUCGUCCCCGUCCCCCCAAAACACGCGCCUCGAGGAAACAAAAUCCAUAGCCGACCUCCUCGACGAGAUCUCCCGCUCCCCGACCUCGCCCACACCACCCUCCCCAACCCUCGACCUCUCCCCCUCCAUCCCCAAACGCCACGCCAACUUCCUCCCCAUGGGCCACGCCCACACGCAAGCCGCCCAAACCCUAACCGCCAACCUCCAACAAAUCGACGACCUCCACCUCCACCGCCCACACACCGCCUCCCGCGACCCCUUCGCAGCACCCUCCACACCACGACCACGAGUUCCCCCAUCCACCGCCGAAGAAAUGGACUGGUCCCCCACCCCCACCACCCCCUUCGCCCCCCCGUCCGCCCUCACGCCCGCCGCCCCCCCGUCCGCCCUCACCCCCUUCACACCAGCCGACCCGUCCUCCUCCACUUCUGCCUCAUCCCGCCACCGCGCCUUCAACACGCGCGGCCAGCGCUCCUCCCAAGGCUUUGGCCAGGCGCCCGUCGAGCCCCGCGCAGGGCCCUUCUGGUACCGCGUCCCGCCCGCGCCAACGACCCCCGCCCAGCGCGUGUUCAACCCGCCGAACCAGCCGCGCUUGCGGGCUAGUCCGGUCGACUCGCUGCCGCCGCGCUCGCCGGAGUGGGGGGGGAUGUCGCCUUUUGCGGGGGGGCGCGGUGGUAGCAAUGGAGGUGGGGGUGGUGGUGGGAUGGAGAAUGGGGUUGGUGAGAGGAUGGAGGAGUUGGGGGGAGGGCGUGGGCAGGUGGCGUUUGCGGAGCCGAGCUUUUUUGCGGAGGAUGUGGUCGGUCGGGCUGUUGCUGUGAAUGGGCAGGAUGAGGAUAGGCGGAAUGAUCCGAGGAAUGAGUUGUCGGGGUUGUUUGGGGAGGGGUUUAAGCUGAGCGAGGAGGAGGUUAGGCGGAGGGAGGGGUGGUGGAAACGGUUGAUUGGGAACGGGGAGGAUGGGAAGAGUGGCCAAAAGCGGGAUUGAUUGAUUUGUGGGUUGCUGGUUGCUGAUGGGGUUCUUUCUUUCUGCAUGGCAGGUGUGCUUUGGUUUGUUCGGUUGUUGGGUAUGGCGGCUUGUUGGAUGGGUAUGGAUUUUAUUUGGCAGGGCCGGCCGUUUGGAUGCAUUGCAUGGAUAGGGCGGUGAUUGUUGGGUUCGUCAAGGUACUCGCAUACAUAAUCAUAGAUAUCUGAUCACCACUGAUAUAUCCCACUCCUCGGGGCUGAAUAGAUAGCGAAGGAAAUGUGAAUAAGCAUUCCCGUCUCCUCUUGUGCCUCACCCACUUCCUAUCUCGUCAUUGCCAAUU